ACACGCCUGUAUACGGGAAAGACAUGUUUCGAUUUCGGGAAGUUCAACUUGUGCGACGAGCAUGGGUCGCAAACCGGCAGUUUUGUGUACUCGUUCGACAAGAGCCAGUUUUGCUAAGGACACAAACUCAAAAGACAACCAAGUACCGCCACUUUUCCUUCGAAUCAUGGGGAAUGGCGCUGUCCCGAUCGGCUCCCGUCGCCUACGCGCAGGAGUUCCUCGAAACGGUGCACAUGAACAGUGGACUUUCGUGGUGCACGACCAUCGUCACUACGUCGCUGGCACUUCGGAUCGUGGUCACACUUCCCCUGGCUCUCUAUCAGAGUCACAUCAUCGCAAGACUCGCCAACUUGGACAAGGAGAUCGCUCAGAUAGCCCACGAGCUGAGAGGUGAAACAGCCCGCGCCGUCAGGAUGUACAACCUGGACGAAAAACAGGCCAAGUACUUGUACAGAAGAAGCUUGAAGAAACAGAUCAACAACUUGAUCGUCAGAGACAACUGUCACCCAUUCAAGUCCUCCCUGGUCAUUUGGUUCCAGCUUCCGCUGUGGAUCAGCCUCUCUGUCGCGCUUCGGAACAUGGCAUACAUGAUGCCUUACCAGGACAUGGCUGCCCAGGCCCUGUUUCUUGAACUCUCCGUUGGAGGUGCACUGUGGUUCCCGAACCUCACGUUGCCAGAUCCGCUCUUCGUGAUGCCUCUGCUUCUAGGGAUCACCAACCUCCUAAACAUUGAGUUUCACGCACUGCAACAUACAAAACAGCUGACGAAAGUCAGGAAAGUGUUGACGUACACCCUCCGUGGGAUGAGCGUCCUCAUGAUACCCAUUGCAAGUAUAAUGCCGACUGAUGUUACUCUCUACUGGCUCUGCUCAAGUGGGUUUGCAUUGGGACAAAACCUGCUGAUGAUCAAUCCCAAAUUUAGGCGUGCCUGCAGAAUACCUCGGACUGCAAACGAAAGUCAAACACCGUUCAGGGACCUUUCAGAUAGGCUCAAAAAACGUUUCGAGUUCAAUAAAACCGGCACGUGAAAUCCUCAAAUAUGAAAACAGUAAAACUCUGAUUUAGAAUCUGUGGACUUGCUUUUUAGUCAUAGUUUCAUCCAUAAAAUAAAGAAAUAAAGAUAGUUUUUCACUU